CUGUUUGUGAAAAUCAAACAACAGCAGUGAAGGUCGUCAAAUCUUAAAACAAUCAAGAAGCAACCCCAAGUAAAAAACAGGUCAAAAUUAUUUUACAAUCAUGAUUAUAAACAAUUUAUUUACGAAUUUAAAAAACAUUAGUGUAAUACGGAUAAUGAUUACAUGAUAAAAGCAUCUGGUAUAAAAUGAUAUUUCACCAAAACAACCACCAGUGUUUGUUACGAAGUUGCGAAAAUGGCAUAUUUACAAAUUCUAUUCUGUUUUUGUUUUAUCGGUGCAUGUUAUGUAAGUACACCAAAGUAACCGUUAUUAAAAUAAGCCCAUUACUAUUUAUGCUAAGCCACAUAAUAUCUUUAUUUAGGCGAAAUCUGAAGCCGAUAUAAAGGCAUGGUUCUUGGAGAAAGCUAUGGAGUGUAGCGGAGAGCACUCAGUCACAAGCCAUGAAGUUAACAUGAUGAAAGAUCACAAAAUUCCCAGCAGCGACAACGCGAAGUGUCUUCUUGCGUGCGUUUUUAAGAAAGUUGGAUGGAUUGACGACAAGGGUAUGUUUGACGAUGAGAGCGCUUACCAGCUAUCUCUUAAAGAGUUCUCUGAUGAUAAGGACAAAAUCAAAAAUGCAAGGAAAUUAUACGACUUGUGUAAAAAAGUAAAUGAAGAAACAGUUAAUGAUGCUGAAAAAGGUUGCGAGAGGGCCUCACUUCUGGCCACGUGUUUAGUUAAUAACGCAGCACAGGUAAUUUUAAUAUCUCCUUUAAAAUUAACAUGUAUAGGAAAAUAGUAUUGAAAUUAACACUUUCAUUUUUCAAUUACAGAAUGGAUUCUUACUGCAAUAAAUGCCGAGAUGUACCCAACAGUUAUUAUUUUGUAAAAUGUGCUUUUAUUAUUUACAUUAAGAAAUCAUUAAUGCCUCACAUAAAAUCUUUUUCCUUUAAUGUUAUUAAAUUCAAACACUCAAUAAAUACAAAAUACGAUAAAAUA